UUCAUGCCUUUCACUCCUGGUCACUUGGUUUACACAACCAUUAGUUUUCAAGACAAACUCAUCUUAAGAAAACAUGCCUCUCUACAGAAUUACCAUUGGAACUCCGGGGGAAGCCAGCCACCCUGAUACACUUAAAGCUGGCUUGUCGGAGUUCAUUUCAACACUCAUUUUUGUGUUUGCGGGUUCAGGAUCUGGCAUGGCUUAUAGUAAGCUGACUUAUGAUGCACCAGCUACUCCGUCAGGACUAGUGGCAGCAUCACUAUCCCAUGCAUUCGCCUUAUUUGUGGCAGUUUCAAUAAGUGCAAAUGUCUCUGGUGGCCACGUAAACCCAGCCGUGACACUUGCAUCCUUCAUUGGUGGAAAUAUCUCAUUUCUUAGUGCAAUUGUUUAUUGGAUUGGUCAGUUGGUUGGGUCUGUUGUCGCGUGCUUGCUCCUCCAGUAUGUCACCGGUGGAAUGGAAACGCCAGCGUUUGGUUUCUCAUCUGAUGUUUCUAUUGGAAAUGCACUUGUAUUGGAGAUCGUAAUGACCUUUGGGCUAGUCUACACAGUGUACGCCACAGCGGUGGAUCCAAAGAAAGGCAAUAUCGGAAUCAUUGCACCUUUGGCGAUUGGUUUGAUUGUAGGUGCCAACAUCUUAGUUGGUGGUGCGUUUGAUGGGGCCUCAAUGAACCCAGCAGUCUGCUUUGGCCCAGCAGUGGUGAGCGGGGUAUGGAAGCAUCAUUGGGUCUAUUGGGUCGGUCCAUUUAUUGGUGCUGCCAUAGCAGCCCUCAUCUAUGACAAUAUCUUCAUUGGUGAACACGAGCAGCUUCCAGUAACUGAUUAUUGAUCGUAUUUAGUCCAAGAUCUUUUGUUUCAUGUUUGGUUUAAGAUUAUGGAGGAGAACAAAUAGUGCAAUUAAUUUUGCCAUUUUCGGAAAUUAGCUAAGGUGUUACUUAUGCUUU